AUGGGGAACUCACUUAAUUCCAUGGUUUUCCACCCCCCAAAACCAACGUACAGCCGAGAGGACCCACACCUGCACAUGCUGCCCACAAAAUGCGGGCAUUCUAUAGCGGCUUUUUACGUCAGACACAGGCGAUCCAGGUUUACCAUCCUAUAUAGCCACGGAAAUGCGGAGGACAUCGGGAAUGUGUUCCACGCAUUAAUGGACCGAGUCGCCAAUUGGGAUGCUGACCUCUUCAUAUAUGACUACUCGGGAUACGGCGUUAGCGAAGGAAAGCCGUCAGAGCGCAACCUGUACAUGGAUGUGGAGGCUGCAUACGACUACCUCACGCAGGUCCUUGGUGUGAAUCCACAUAGUAUUGUGGCGUAUGGGAGAAGCAUUGGUAGCGGACCUGCGGUCCACAUUGCGCUCCACCGGCCAGUGCUUGCUCUUAUCCUCCAAAGCCCAGUGGCUUCCGUCUAUCGAGUCAGGUUCCACCGGCUACCCUUCUCCAUACCAGGGGAUAUUUUCCGCAAUAUAGACAAGGUGCAAAACUUAAAGGUGCCAACACUCAUAUUACACGGCACAGAGGACGAAACCGUACCGCUGGCCGCAUCGCAGCAGAUGGCACUCAAAAUAUCGGAAGUGUAUUGCAGAUGGAUCAAAGGUGCAUCACACAACGACAUGGACGGAAAAUACGUCAUGUAUGUCGAACAAGCACUACACGAAUUCUUCGCUCGGAUCACGCAACAGCACCCGGAUGCCCUGAUUAAGAGAGGCGUGUGGAUCUCCCGUGAGAAACAUAGCACCAUAUAUCGCAAUGCUGCGCAAGCAAUUACCACGUGA